CCGGACCGACUCAGAGCAGCAUCGAAGGACUUUACUGCAGACCAUAAACACUUGCUGCUACUUCAUGUUUUAAUACGACUUGGACAAAUUUAACACCGCGAGAUGAUUUUGUGGAUAUAGUUCCGGGUGCUGUUGAUGUUGACGCAGCUGACAGCAGUAAAGAGAUACUGUUAAAAUCCCCCCGGGGAUCCCGCUGAACUCGGGGUCAAACUCUUCACCCCCGUUUCCUGUUUGGCAAGGAGCUGCACAGUAUAAUGGAGAACCUGCACCCCCACUGCAUCAAAUGCAUCAGCAGAAGAUGCAUGGUAAGACCAGAAACCGGGGUGUCUUGCAACCUCAUGUGCUGUCCCCUCAUCUGCGGUGCAGUUUUCCAUUCGUGCAAACUCGAAGAACAUCGCCUGCUUUGUCCUCAUGAGCGUCUGCCAUGCCUGAACCACGAGUUUGGCUGCCCCUUCACCAUUGCAAGGACCAGGAUGGCGCAACAUCUUAAGACUUGCCCAGCCAGUAUAGUAUGUUGUACUAUGGAGUGGAACCGCUGGCCCAUCAGCUAUGCUGAUCGCAAGUCCUAUGAGAACUUGAGCAAAGACUUUGAUGAGGUGGAGCAGCUAGACAUGGCUUUGGCUCUGCAGGAUCAGAGAAUGUUGUUGGAGUCCCUGAGAGCUACGUCCACUGUGUCGAAGAAUGGAGUUAAAAAGGGCGAUGACGGUGAUAAGUUGGACACAGCAUCAGGUUUACUAGAGACGGGAUUAGAUAAUAAACAAGUACAAAUGGAAGAAGAGCCCUAUACUGGGAUGUAUAAUGCCUCAAUGGGGGCGAGCAGAAGUCUGGCAGUGGCCUUGGACAUUCUCUCGAAUUCCAAGGAUAUUGAUGUAAUUGUAGGAAAUCUAAAUGGGGAAAAGCCUGAUAAGAAUGGAGUGCUCCACAGUGGAGAGAAUGGCGAUAAUCAUAAUGUUUAUGUUGCAGAGGGAAGCAGGAAUGUAGAUAUGCAAGAGAAUGAUUCUGAUUCAGACUGUGAGAUUGGAGCAGUAGGUGGAGUUGAUUGCGCUGUGGGGACAGAUGGAGAGGAAAAUGGUAUCGGCUGGGCAGAUGAUGAUUUUGUAGAGUUGGUUUUUGAUGAAAAGGAAGAUAGGAUUAAGGAGCCACUAAAUGAUUCCAACCAUGUCUGGCCGGAGGCGUCGCAUGAUUAUUUGCCCGUUGUAGCUCUGUUGCCUACAGUACCUCAGCCAGCACCAGUGACACCCCCAAUGCCAUUCCUGCUGUCUCAUCACGUGAAAGGUCACUUUUUGCAAUAUUUAUCCCCUGCAUUCAGGCGUAAUUUCUUGGAGCGUCAAUCACAGAAUUUUCAAGUAUUUAGAGGUAUAUUUACAAUCGAUCGGUGGCAGGCAUUGCAGUCAGACCCUUACUUCUUCCGAGCAAAGAUGGAGGACAAGGCAGUCGACACAUCUGACCUAGAGGUAGCUGAAGACCCCAUGGGUCUCCACGGCAUCGACCUCAUUACUGCAGCUUUGCUGUUUUGUCUCGGUGACUCUCCAGGAGGCAGAGGGAUCUCAGACAGCAGAUUUGUGGAUGGCUACCACAUUGACUUUGGUACUCAGACUUUCUCCUUCCCUUCAGCCAUUCUUGCAACCAACACCAUGGUGGGGGACAUUGCGUCAGCCUCAGCCUGUGAUCACGCCAGCCCACAGCUUUCCAGCCCCAGUCCCUUCCACACUCUCAGGCUGGACCUUGUGCUCGAAUAUUUUGCCCGAUACCAAACCAAGCAGCGCUCCAUGUUCACGUUUGUGUGCGGGCAACUGUUCCGACGUGAUGAGUUCUCAUCUCAUUUCAAAAAUGUUCACGGGGACAUCCACGCUGGACUCAACGGCUGGAUGGAGCAACGCUGCCCCUUGGCUUACUAUGGCUGUACCUACUCCCAGAGACGAUUCUGCCCGUCUGUACAGGGCUUCCGAAUCAUCCAUGACAGGCACCUCGGCUCUUUUGGGGUUCAGCCUGGUCUACCUCUAAGAAAUGGGGACACACUUCCAAGACACAUGCGCCAGUUUGCCGUGCAGUGCGAUCAGUUCAGCGGUCUUCCCUUUGAGGUUUUGCAACAUAUAGCGAGCUUCCUGGACAGCUUCAGCUUGUGCCAAUUAUCCAGAGUAUCCCGCACUAUGAGGGAUGUGUGUUCGAGCCUGCUCCUGAUGCGCGGCAUGGUCGUCCUGCUGUGGGAGAAGAAACAGCGUGCUGAUGGAUCACCGACUUGGCAGAUCACAGAUAAGGUGUGGCGAUUCAGCACUGCGUUCGGUACAGUGAACGAGUGGAAGUUUGCAAACAUCUCCAGCAUGGCUGACCACCUCAAGAAGUGCAAGUUCAAUACGAUCACUCGCCGGGAGGAGGCCAUCCCCCUGCCGUCCAUGUGCUUCACCAGAGAGCUCACAAAAGAAGGAAGAUGUUUGCGUUCAGUUCUCAAACCAGUAGCAUGAGACCACCUGGACUCAAAUCCUCACGAUAUCCUAUUGUGUUUACAGUGUUUACAGCUUGGUGUUGUUUACUGUUGGGUGUUUUUUGCUCCACAGGGGAAAAAACCUUCACACCUACGGGCAGACAUUUUGAUAGGUCACAGUAGGAACAUAAAACAUCAAAAACGCUGCCAUGAAUACAGGCCUUUAAAUAAGACAAAGCCAGUGGAACACUCAUAAAUAUUACAGCAGAAUCUUGUUCGCUUUGUAUCCUAAUCUAUGAUGGAUUUAUCUACCAUUAUCUACUCUGACGUUGUGUAAAGAUUCAGAUUAAAAAAAAAUAAAAAACAAGAUUUAUAUUGAAAAGUCAGUACUUUGCUACACUGGAGGAAAAGAGUAGAGCCUUAACUUGUGAUACACUUGAUUUUCUAGUCUUGGGGUCUCUGCUUCUCGUUAACUGGUGUCCUGCACCGUUUUAUAUCAUCAUGGCUUAAUUCUACAUUUUUAAUACUGACCAAACAUCGCUGUUAGGGCUGGGUUGAUAAAAAUAUUUUUUCUGAUAAAACUCAAUCGGAAAUUGAUUCAUUGAUAGAUUUCUUUUGUGUAAGACUUCACGUAAGGAGAAAAGUGAACCUAUAAACACGGCAGGCCCAGGAACCACCAAGCUGAAAGGCAGAUGUAUGAUUUCAUUUUGACUUUUAUGGUUUACCUGUUUUUUUUUUGUUUUUGUUUUUUUAAAUCAGUGGGACCUGGCCCUACUAACUGUAGAAGUGGAUUUCUGCUCACCAGCAUAAGCAAAUCACUGUCAUUGUGUUUAAAGUUGGUGUGUUUUUGUGGUUUUGUAUGUGGCACUGACAUUUUCUGUUCCUCCCUCACCUCUGAGACGCAAUGUAACAGUAUUCACCAGUAACAUAGCAGUAGCAUUUUUAGCUGUGGUUUGUUUUAUCUAUCAGCUUUGAGGAGUAACCAGCAAUUGUUCUUUUCCCUGAGAGUCUAAAUGUAUCAAGUAAAAAAAAGGAAUGUACGGAAACUUAGAGCGGCCAUUGACACAACAAUAUUUUUCCAUUUUGUCAUCUUGAGAUUACGGAAUAAUCAAAUUGAUAAAUGAAUAUGUGCUUGUGUUCCUUGUUGACUGAACUACAGCCUGAUCAGUAGAUUCUCAUUUUUGUAACAUUUUCAGCUACUGGCAUAAAAACAGAUCAGCAGAGGGAACAGCCUUUUAUAUUUUUUUAUUACAAGAAAAUGAGCCUUGUUAUCCUGUAAUACAAGAUCAUUCCUCUGUGAUCUUGCGAUAAAAGAAUGAAAAAUACAGUAGUGAUCAUAGUGUCGUUCUCAGCUUUCGUAGGAAUGUACAGUUUGUGCCCAGUAAAUAGGAGAAAUCCAUCGGUGGCUGACGGCAGACCUCAUAAAACCCUGCAGGCCAGGUGUUUACGCAAUAUAGCGGGCACACACUUCCCUCCAGUAACGAGCAUCGGUAAUUAUGUUCACAUUAUUUAUCACAUUUGUAUGUUUCUGUCACUACAUGUCACUGUCUGUGUCUCUCAAGUUUCUCUCAACAGUUUAGUAUUGUCCAAGAUCACCCCAAAAUGUUAUAGUAUGUCAUCCAAAAUCACCCCAAAACGUCAGAGUUUAGUAUGUCGUCCAAGAUCAUCCCAAAAACAGUAGUAUAUAGUUUAGUAUGUUGUCCAGAAUCAUCCCAAAAACAUCAUGGUGUAGUGUGUUGUCCAGAAUCAAACAUCAUAGUGUAGUAUGUCGUCUAGAAUCACUCCAAAAUGUCACCGUACAUUGUCCAAAGUCCCUCAAAAACGUCACAGUUUAGUAUGUCUUUAGUACAGCAGCUAAUAAAUGAUAGAUCAGCCACUUGAUCAUUGUAGGGUCUUACAGCUGACUGGUGUACCACUCAGUAUUAACAGUGUGUGUUUGUGUUGCAGUGCUAAACUAACGAACAACAUGUUUUCAUGUUUGUCAUCCAGUCAGCGUUGUGCUGAUCACUGAUGGUUUGAAUGUGCUUUAAAAACUUGGAGUUUGUUUGGAUUAGGUAUUUAGGGCUAAGAACAUGUGAACAUGACAUAUUUUUCUCAUUAAUAUGAGAGAAUUUGCUAUUCUUUUUUUUCUGAAAAUGUCACAGUAUAAGAUGUGAUUAUUGGUGAAAAAAAGUUGUGUUUUUUUUUUCUUGUUUUAUAUUUUUUGGGUUAAGCCCAAGCCUGAGACUGAGCUGUCUUUAUUUGAAUAUGUCCCAGUCUGUGUUUGGUUUAUUUCUUAUUUUUGUACUGGUACUUUAAUUCAGAAAGAGUCUGCCUCUGUAAUGUCGAGAUUUGUGUUUGGAUUAUUAAUUUGCACAUGAAGGUAUGUACUGUUAAGUUUAAAUCAGGAUACCGAGGAGCGUUCUAACUCACCUGUGCUCUGCAUGUGAGUUUGAUGUCUGUGUAGAAUCUAUUUUCAUAUGAGUUGUUACAUUUAAAAAAAAAUUGUGUUAUCAUGAUGACUUUCAUCAAGAUCUGAUAACAUGUCUCCACCUUUUAAUCCUUUUUUUUCUUUUUAAUUGUGCUUGAGGUUGAAACAGUUUUCAAGAAACAUGCAUUUCAUCACUUUUGAUUUUGCAAUGCAGACAUGUCAUUGCAGGCACCUGGAGUGUACCAACAUUUUUACCAGAGUUUUAUGCUUUGUUUUCACUCCUGCUGAAUGAAGUUUGUGUGUGUAUAUGUUUCACAAUAUUAUACCAGCUUCAUUUGUUUGUUCUUUUGAAGCAUUUUAAUAAAGAGGCCCUUCAUUGGUAAAGUU